AUUAAAAAAAAGUUGGCUUUGGAUCAUUUUAUCUAAUGUAGUGGUGGCGUUAUUCUGCCGAACCAGAACCAGAUUGAUGUUACUGUAUGAAUGAGUCAUUAAAUAAUUGUGUAAUCCUGAGGGAGCAGGGGAUUUCUAAUUGAUGUCUCUUUUUAAAAGACAAUACCUGUUUCAACACUUCCUCCUAAUCUGAUUUUUGAAAUGCAUGGAAAAUACUAUUGCUGCCAAAAUCCCCCUGGCUGGACUAUAAGAGGCAACAGGUAGCAUGGAGGAACACAGACACAGCCAGCCUUGGAAUCUUCUCCAGAGUACAGGUGAACACACAGACAACCACAAUGUUGACAAAUUUGCUCUACUUCUCACUCUGCCUCUUGAUGGGCUUUGUGACUAAACCUGUGCUCACCUUCACGCUGACCAACACAUGCACCUUCAGCGUCCACAAGUCGGAGCUACGCAGCUAUUACUCCGAAAUACGUCCGCAAGCGAUGAUGGAAGACACUGAGAUGCGAGUGAGGAUUCUCAGCCCAGAAGCAAUGAGAGAAGUUCAGGAGGAUCAGACAUGCUGCUUCCUGCGCCUGCUGCUCCGCUUCUACGUGGAGAGAGUGUUCCGCAACUUUGUCUCCAAUCAGCCAGAGGGGCAACGUAGCGCCAGCGCCCUGGCUAACGCUUUUGUCAUCAUGAGGCGGAAUAUAAACAAAUGUCACUGCGACUGCAAUGAGAUCACGCACAAAGCAAUCGACUCGCUACAAACUGAGUAUGACAAGCUGGACACCAGCAAGGCGGCGAUAAAAGGCGUAGCAGAGCUGGACACACUACUGAAUUGGAUGGAUGAAGUGGACAAGACAUCAGGCACGCAACCAUUAUGACUGCAAAGGUCACUUAAAAGUGACUUUUGACAUUUCUGCACUUUGAUCAAGUAUCUCCGUGUACUCCAAACAGUAUGUGUUUGUAGGCCAGUGUAAUUGGGCCAAAUUAUUUAAAUGAAUUAAUUAUCCAGUGCCUACCAUUUGUUGUAGAUAAAUGAAUUUUUAUAUACCUGGGGGGUGAAAUGUGUUUUUGUACAUUUUCAUUAAUAUCACAAAAGAUUCUGAUGAUGAGCAUUAUUGUUUGCGCAUGUUUUUAUAAGGGUUUGGAAUAUGAAUUGAAUGUACCUGUUGUUCUAUUAUGUAUCUUUUCUCAAAGU